UGCCCCGUGCCCCGACUUGCUCAUGUCUUUAACAACAAGAGCUUUAGUCACAUUGUACUGUCGGGAAGGCGACUCCAUAACAGGAAGCAUGUUGUGGUAAAGUUCAGACAUUAAAUGGUUGUAUUUGUUUGGUAGCUGGUUUUAUACGAACACAGAAGGCGGUAGGAAAUGGAGACUGGUGAAGCCAGUGUGCAGUACAACCGCUGGAAUGAAGACAAUCUUAACAUGAAUGUUGGUGCUUCCCAAUCCAGCCUUAAUGGGAUAUAUAACAAACUGUGCACGGGGCAGCUUGGUGUGGUGGUGAGAGUAGCAGGCUCGCUGGCUGUGAUGAUUUCAAUGUACAUCCUCGGCUACGUCACCGGAUACUACGUACACAAAUGCUGAUGCUGUACAGGACACUCCGAUGCCAUGCCUGAAAAUUCACAAUGAAAAAAUAAACUGUGACCUGCUUUCAAUUUUACUUGAAGUCCCAGAGUUUCCCAGUAUUAAUAUUAUAUUAUACUCUAAUUUUACCAAGUGUGAUUUGUGAUUUUCAUUUUCUCUGUAUUGUUUGUAAAAUAUGUCACAUUGUAAUUACAUUAAAACAUUUUCCCUGA